AGUCGGCACAGGUAGUAGUGGUAGUGGCGUAGUCGUUUUUUUUGUAUUUUUUGUAUUAUUAUCCUUCUUUUUGUGACAUUAUCCUGAUUACUUUAAAAAUUAGACGUUCGUCGGAACCAGACAUGAGUGACAUCACAUCUGAAUCAAGCCGUGAUAUGAUCAUGGAUCAUCCAGACAUAGAAGAAUUGGAAAUGAAGAGAGCUCUUAAGGAAAAAGAAGCUCUUGAGAAAAAACUGGAACUCAAAAAACAAAGAGCAGAAGAAAGAAAGAAGGAAGAAGAGAUGGCAUUGAAAAAGAGGAAAGAAAAAGCUGUCAAGGGUAUGAAAUAUUUACUCAGUAUCAGUGAGAAAUACUCUGACUUCUUCAGAGAGAAGAUUGUUGAAAACAAACCUAACCCUAUGAAACCUUUGAAAGAGCUAAAUAAUAAAUUACAACCAACAGUAGAAGAUAUGAAGGAGGCAGUUGAUAUUAGAAGAGGAGGCAGCAGUUCAAAAAUUAAAGGUCCUACAGAUGUUCGCAAAAAACUGAAAUACUUCGAGGGUGGUUCACUAAGAGACUAUCAAAUUGAAGGAGUUCAAUGGAUGUAUGGAUUAUACGAGAAUGGAAUAAACGGAAUUCUCGCUGACGAAAUGGGUCUGGGAAAAACGAUCCAAGUCAUAGCCCUAAUUGGCCACCUGCUCGAAAGAGGCAUUCUCGGCCCAUACCUCAUAGUCGCACCCCUGUCGACCCUACCGAAUUGGCAGUCUGAGUUCGCAAGAUUCGCCCCCAAGAUCCCGGUAGUUUUGUUCCAUGGAUAUGAGCUCGAACGUGCGAGACAAUACAAAGCGAUUCACAAGAAAUACAGCAUUGGAUCGCACCAGACCCUACCCGUAGUGCUGACGUCUUAUCAAAUCCCUCUAUUAGAGAGAACUUUCAUGAAACGUUUCCAGUGGCAGUAUGUCAUUGUCGAUGAGGGUCAUAGGGUGAAGAAUCAUGAGACGCAACUAUCCCAAAUUUUGAGAUCACUUACAUCAGCGAAUCGAUUGUUACUAACGGGUACACCUUUGCAUAAUAGCAUUACUGAGCUAUGGGCCUUACUAAAUUUCCUAAUGCCACACAUUUUCAAUAAUAUGGAUACUUUUGCCUCACUCCUCAUGUUAGAAGAUGUACAGGAUGAGAACAAGUUGUUAGAUCAGGUAGAAAAAACGAACAUCAUUUCAACUUUGCAUCGAGUGUUGGAUCCAUUUGUAUUGAGGAGAUUGAAGAAAGAAGUAUUGAAUGAUAUAGUUCCUAAGAAGGAGAUCAAUAUAUAUUGUCCUCUUUCAAAAUUGCAAAGGGAUCUAUAUUCAUAUGUCAUUGAGAAAAAUAUUACCCUUUUGAAGGGUCAAGUUGAGGAGGAGCCUUUGGAUAUAUGGCAACCUAGAAAAAAACGCAAGUGUGCAAAAAUACGUACGUACUACGAGAAUGUAGAAGAAGACGAUUUUUCCGAUUAUGAAGAGGAGUUUCUGAAAAAUGAAGAAAAAAUGUUGAAUAUGAAAAUUGAAAGGUCACAAUAUCCUUUCGUGACUCGUUUGACCAUGCACAAUUCAAUGAUGAUGUUUAGAAAGAUUGUCGAUCAUCCCUAUUUAGUGCAUUUUCCUCUAGAUCCAAAUUGUGAGAAAAAAGCUCUUCUUGUUAAUGAAAAUUUAGUUACAAGUAGUGGGAAAAUGAUGGUAUUGGAUGUGAUGCUGUCUAAACUUAAGAAAAACGGACAUAAGGUAUUGAUUUUCAGUACAUUGUGUAUGACCCUUGACCUCAUCGAAGAGUUCAUGAUAAUGCGUGAUUAUAAUUACCGUAGACUCGAUGGGGCUAUUAGAUUGCAGGAACGUGGCGAGGCCAUAAAUGAAUUCAAUAAUGAUCCCGACAUAUUGGCCUUUCUGGUUUCCACAAGAGCCGGUGGUCUGGGAUUGAAUUUAACAGGCGCUGAUACUGUGAUAUUUUUCGAUAGAGAUUGGAAUCCUCAAGCUGAUAUUCAGGCCCAAGAUAGAUGUCAUCGUAUUGGACAAACAAGACCAGUCAUGGUUUAUACAUUAGUAACAAAAAACACCAUUGAUGAACAAGUCAUUGACAAGGGAUAUCAAAAGAGAAUAUUGGAGAAAUUAGUCAUCAAGGAUGAUCAUGGAGCAGUUGCCUUUGUUUGCUCUGUUAUUGUCCACGUUAUUUGAAUUUAAACUUUUUUCACUUCCAUGAAAAUUUCAAAGUUUGAAAUCAAAUGACAGGACAAACGCGGAGAGAGAGCUUCAUGAAUUACAGAAACUUUUGAGAGCAGAAAGUAGUACCUUUGAAGUGUCCGAUAGUGAGAUGGACAGAUUAUUAGAUAGAUCAGAACUCUACAAAUUGAUGGAAGAAACUAAGCGGAAGAAUAUGGAAAUGAAAAAAACUCUGAAAAUGUGAUAUGUUCAGUCUAUUUUGAUCACAGUAUUUUGAAUCUCAGGAUAUAUUCUUAUUAUAUUUUAAGUGCAUUUUUAUCAUUAUGUUAUUCUACAAAUUGUAUUGAAAUUGUGUUGUGAUGUGCAUUUUUGUAAGAAAAUAAUGUAAAAUGUUCAUACAUGCCAUAUAUGGAAUCUUCAAACCUGAUAUUAUAAUGUUAAUUUUACCAAUUGACCAAUUUGACAUUUAGAAUCUGAUUUUCGUAUAGAGUUCAUAGAACACAUCCUCAAACCUGAUAUUAUAUAAUGUUUAUUAUACCAAUUGACCGAUUUGGCGUUUGGAAUUCUUGAUGUUCGUAUGAAGCAUAAUAAAAGUUGAACAAUUAAUUAUUAGUAAGAUAGUAUUUUAAGUGCUUUUAAAUUUUGUUUGUGUUUAUUCAUUGUUAAAUAAAUUAUUUUUGUACUUUUCUUAU